GGACCGCCACUUGCUGGCUGGCUGCCCAGUCCCCACCCCCCGGCACAUCCCAGCUAUAAGGCUUUCAGAGAGAAGGGGCCCCCAUGCUCCCUACAGUGCCAGAGAUGAAGGCUAUCCUGCUGCUCUUCGCUGCCCUGGCUGUGGCCAUUGGGCCAGCUCGGGCCCUCCUCUGUCACGUGUGCGUCAGCUCCACUGACUGCAAGCACCCACAGUUGUGCCCAUCCAGCUCAAACUUCUGCAGGACCAUGACCACAGUGGAGUCUCUGUCUGGGAACCUGGUGAAGAAGGACUGCGCAGAAACAUGCAUGCCUGUUCAAACCCAGCAAGGCCAGCUCAGCGGCGGCACUGCCACCCAGUGCUGCCGGGAUGACCUAUGCAAUGAGAGGCGGACCAGCGCCGCUCCUGCCCACGCUCCGCUCUCCCACACCAUCCUCGGCCUGGGGCUGGCCCUGGGCCUGCUCACCCUCCUCUUGGCCCCUAACCUUUGAAGCCCCAGGAAAGGGCUCUUACCCCUUCCCCUCCCUGAGUGUGAGGGGGAUGAAGAUGCCCUCAGCCCCCUGAAGGCCCGGGGCUGGGUCCUUGAGUGCCGGUGGCUUGGGGUAACCCUCGGGGUGGCAGAAGGCAGCGCCCCCCCAGCAGUGUGGAGGGCAAAAGACAGAAGUCAUUCUGAUCCCUUCUAAUUUUGUAUUUGUUCUGUUUGGUUCCCGUUUAUUUUUCUACUUAAAUCUCCUCAUGGGAAUAAAUGUUUUAAGACCAGA